GUGAAUCAGAGUGUAAACUUAGGCAUACUUGAAUGAUGGAUAUUUUAGUGUAUUCGCAAGGAUUUUAACUACAAAAUGUAUGAUACUGGAUAGCAAUGUCAAAUAUUCGUGUUGCAGUCAGAGUUCGACCACUAAGUAACAAAGAACAAGAGGAUGGCAGCCAAGAAAUCGUUCAGGUCAAAGAAAAUGUAGUCCGGAUCGAAAAUAUUAAGGUCCGUGGAGUUCCAGAGUUUGGUGAUACAGCUCGUGCACGUGCCCGCGACUUCACAUUCGACCAUGUGUACGACAGUGUACAAGGCAACGCUCCAUGCGCAUCGCAGGCUCAGGUCUUCAAUGAUCUUGGUGCACAGGUUCUCCACAAUGCGUUCGGCGGGUUUAACGCCUGCGUGUUCGCGUACGGGCAGACAGGCUCUGGCAAGACACACACAAUGAUGGGAUAUCCGGCGUCUUCCCAGAGUAGCUUAAACGAAGCAGGAACAGGAACAUCUGUGUGAUAUGGUUACCAUGACAACAAUUAGCUAGUGACCACCUGUUAAAACGAGGACAAUUUUUUUUCUGAAUCUAAAGACGUUUGUAAACUCUGGAAUGUUAUGAUCCCAAUUUGUGAAUGAGCUAGAAAAUUCUGCUGUUUAAAUGCACCUGAAUGAGUUGUGUGUAGGUAACUGGUUUAUGGAAAUUGCACAGGCCCUUUACAUUGUUACAGAUUUUGUUAAUUGUGUUACAGAUUCUGUGUGACACUGUUACAAAUUUUAUUAGUGUUCUAUUCUAAUUGUGAAACAGAUUCUGUGUGACAUUGUUACAGAUUUUAUAAGUGGUCCAUGUCAUGUUAACCAAUAAAUGCAUGUAGAAAUGCCAUAUUUAUGUCCACUAUGCAAAGGAAAAAAAUUCUUUUAUCAUAGAAAAUAGCGUCAAAUAAAUCAUUUUGAUGUUUAAAAUACAUAUAUUCAACCACAUUAAAUAGAAAACACUGGACUUCUGAUUUUUGAAUACUAAUUAAUCAGUGAUAUAAUUAUGGUUUGAAAUUGUCUAGAAAUUAAUCGAUGAAACAACUGUAAGGGCUAUGAAACAUUUAGUUUUAUUUACUUAAUUGGUAAUUUUCAACCUGUAUUGGGACCAAAAAAUUCGGGUAUGGAAAUUUUAGUUCAGAUUUGUUUCUAUUGCAAGGAACAUAACAAUUUUAUGUAUAUUUUGUUACAUUUAUUCUUUUGUUAGAGGAUACAAUAAUGCCUGUUACUUAGUUGGCUCAUUUUUACGCAUCAUUUUGUUUUGUUCUGUCUUGUGUACAAAAUCGUGCAGUUACGCCAUUAACCUGGAAACAUGAAUUUUGAUAUAUAUAUGUUAUUGAUUAUUGUCACAAACUGUUGCGAUAUAAGUUUCUGUUUAUGAUUUAUGACUUAUUACAUGUACUGAUUUAGUUAUAUGUUGCUCAGGCAUGUUGUUGUUUGGCAUUAAAUUUAAGGACUUCAACAUGUGUUGCAAAUGAAUUUAGAAAAUCUUUAUUUUAAUUUGGUAUUUAAGGGACUAGACAGCUGAUGGUCCCAAUAUAAUACAUAAUUUCACGCGAUUCAAAGGCUAUUUUGUCACUGUCUAACCUGUUUAAAAUUAGCAUAUAAUGGUUUCCCAGUUUAAAGUGUGUAUAUUUUGCAUGCGAUAAAAACAGUUGCAUAUAUUGACGCUAUUUUAAAAUUUGCUCGGAUUUACGUGGUAGACGAAGCCAGUAAAUUUCAAAUCGGAAAAAAUAUGCAAAAAUGUGUUACAUCAGUAAGUUUUAAUACAUUGAAUCAAUUUAUUUAAGUUUUCAUCAAUUUUCUAUUUCUUGCAAUGGUAGCAUCUGGUGUCUAGUCCCUUUAAGUGGUAAGUUUCAUAAGCAAUAUCCAUUGAGUACGGAAUUGUACUGCAGAUAGUAUGGGGUUAAUCGUCAUAGAAUAUUCUAAUCACUGCCUGUGUGCUAUAGAUCAUGUUACUGUGAAAUCAUUAAUGUUCGUGGGGCAUUAAUGUUCGUGGUUUUCGUGGGUUGGGUGAUCCACGAAUUCAAGAUCGCACGAAAUAUAAACCCUUAUUCACUUUUUCAAUUGCCUUGUUAUGUACAUACUCUAGUAUAUUAUUUACAGAGGUCGCAGUAUACAGUGGUAAAACCUGUCUCACUGUAUAACUUACGAUCAUUAUUCUGUUAAUAUAUUACAACUGCCUUUAAUAAUAAUAAUGAACCAAAUCAAUUAAAUGUGUUUUAUGCAGCAAAUGACAGUUAUAAGCACGUGUUUAAACGUGUGCUGUUAAUGAAAAUCUCCAAGUUUACAAGAUGUGCGUGAUGAGUGUCUGUACUCGAUUUUUUUAUUUAAUGAAAUAAUUAAUCGAUUACUAGUACAUUGAAAGUUACUAAGCACCGAACGUGACAAUAUACGCACCUUUUCGGUGUUUUCACAGUUUGCAAAAUUCUGUAUUGGCAUUCAAUGGCUUCCCCUAUCUGUAUUUAUGAUCAGGGUACAUCUUCUUUUAUUACCUUUAUUCCUAAUUAAAUCAAUAAGUGACAUGGGUAUAUGCACUAAUUGGCAUGUCGUACCACAUUAGCGAGUGUCAUAAACCGAGUGACGUAGAAGACGGAAAUCACGGGCCAGCGCGUGGAUAUUAUGCAGACGAUCUAGCACGAUCGCAUCUUCGAUUUUUUUUUCAAAUAUGAAAAUCCACGAAUUCAAGUACCCACGAAAUUGUUUUUUUUCGGCAAACCACGAAAUUUCAUGCCCACGAACAUUAAUGAUUUCACCGUAUGUUUCUCGACAAUUGCUCCCCAGUCCAUUUCAGAAAGAUCAUGAAAUUCAUUUUUUUUUUAAAUGAAAUCAUACUUGACCUGAAUAAUUUUCUGUGCAUUAUCUGUCCUAACAUAUCAUCAUCCAUUGAAAAUUUGAUAUGAAAGUGCAUGAUGAAAGCCAUAUUCACUGUACCGAUUUUCUGUUGAUAAAAAUUGACGCUUUUGAACAUCAAUGUAAAAAUAAUCGUGUAGGUAUUUGAAUUUUUUUGCUUAUAAGAUGAUGAAUACGCUUCAAACAAUAUGGUAAUUAAAAAUAUUUUGGAUUGGUGUUAUGUAGUUUAACUUUUUAUUUAUUAUAGAUUAAAAAUAUUUAUGUAGAAAUGUUAUAGACAAAUAAAAAUAUAAGUUAAUAGUGACACAUGCUAAUUUUAAUUUAUACAGGGUGUUUUUCAUACACAUCAUCAAAUAACGCAAGGUUAAAGGCCUGAAAUAAAAUAUUGAAUUUUCUUCUCCCACGCCCAACUGCAAAAAUCAGCCUGACCGAAAUGAUUUUAAUCCUUAUAUUUAAAAUUGAGAUUAUUUAUUUUGAUUUUGUAUUCUUGACCAAGCUUGUUUAAAUUAAAAUAUUUGUCGACUCUCACCAACACAGUAUAUCUAUCUAGGUCGUGGAAGAAAAUCAAAGAACAUAUUGCAUCUUGCCUUACAGAUUCUUUUCAAAUUUGUACAUAUCUCAGAUUUGUCAUAAUCUUUAUGUGCCACUGAAAAUCUGUGAUAAAUUUAAAUCUCGUCGAAUUUCUGUGGUAUAUCUGUCAUAUAAUGUGAAUUGUACACUUAAACCUCAUAUUUUCCAAUUAUAAAGACCACAAUUGUAGUCUUCAGUGUCAAAUUCAAUGUGUUUGUCUUCAAACUAAUGAUUUAUUAUUGGCUAAGAACUACCAUGCUCUUUAUUGUGAUGACUUUUGCAAGUAUUCUUUCCUCUUUUGUUAUGAAGUUGUACACAGGGAUGAUGAUCGGAAACAUGAAAAUAAUCUGGAAUUCUGUCCCAAAGCAGGGUGAAAUUCUAUCCCAAAGCAGGGUGAAAUUCUAUCCCGAAGCAGGGUGAAAUUCUGUCCCGAAGCAGGGUGAAGGGGCUAAGAUCCUUGAUGAAAUAUUGUUUCCAAGACCCUUAACAUUCAUUUCUACGUACUGCUUAAAAUUUUGAUGCAAACAUCCAGCAUAUUAACCAACUUUACGACUCUAUGCUAGCAUUUAAACAGAUUUAGGUGGUAGAAAUAAACACAUGCCUGCAAGCCCUGGACUGUUAAAUAGUAGGGCUAGUUCAUAAAUUUGAUGCCAAGCAUUAGUAUAAGAUUUCGGGCUAGUUCAUCCAAAAGUCUAAUUUCGAUGACUGAGAUUUCAGGAUUAAUUUUGGAUUGUAUCAUUCCUGUGUACAUGACCACUCUUAAAUAAAGUUGCAUAAACAAUUUUUUUGUCUACUGUCUCUUACUAUUGUACAUCAUGUCGUUGAAAUUGCCUUGCUUGCUAAUGGUUACCUUAAAAAUGUUGUAUCCUGCUUAAUUUUACAACCAAAUGAUCCUAUAGAUAAAUGCAUCAACCUGAAUUAUGACUUCCUAAUUGUGCGGCUGCAGUCAACAUUUAUGUUUUUGUGGCAGUCAACAAGUUCAGACGCACAAUAUGUAUUUUUUUCUAUUUUCUCGAUGUAAGCUGCACAGAAAGUGCCUAAACUAUUUUAUUUCAUACAACCAAAGAAAUAACCUAAUUUGUAUCCUAUUGUUAUCACAAAAAGGUUGUUUUCUGGCUCAAAAUUGAUUAAAUAAUUAAUAUAUUCAUAUAUAUAUAUAUGUUGUGUACUUGCUAUAGAAAAAAUGUAUACAAGAUUAAGUUGUUAAGUUGCGAAACACAAUGUGAACAUUUACUUGUAGCUCUAUGUACAUAAAAAAAUGCAGUCACGUUUUAAGUCACUUUGCAAAUUAGUAUUUAAACUUCGCUCAAAGUCAUUUGCAGAAAAAAGAAUUGAAUCAACUUGAAGGCUUACUGAUAAUUGCAUAACCCAUUCUGUUGACCAAACAAAUAAUUUUCCAUGAAAUAGUUUUUUCUGCAAGUACAUAAUAUUUGUAAAUGGCAUGUACUAAUCACAGGGUCUCCCAAAAAUUAGAGCAAUUUAUGCAAAAGUAUAAAUAAGAUAAUUCUGGUAAAAAUCAUGCUCCCUCAGUAGCACUGUGUUGAUUGAUCAAAAUUCACUGCAAAAUCGCCUGGAAUUCUUGGGAAUAACAUGUUAAAAUGCCCUGGAAUUCUGGUAAAAAAUGUCAAAAUCCCCUGAAAUUUUGGGAAAGAGAAUGUCAAAAUGCCCUGGAAUUCUGGUAAAAAAAUGUCAAAAUGCCCUGGAAUCCUUGGAAAGAAAUGUCCAAAUCCCCUGGAAUUCUGGGAAAGAAAUGUCCAAAUCCCCUGGAAUUCUGGGAAAGAAAUGUCCAAAUCCCCUGGAAUUCUGGGAAAGAAAUGUCCAAAUCCCCUGGAAUUCUGGGGAAAAAAGGGUCAAAAUCCCCCUUUUUUCUGGGGAAAAAUGGCAAAAUUCCCUGGAAUUCUGGGGGAAGUCAAAAUCCCCCUUUUUUUCUGGGAAAAAUAUGUCAAAAUCCCCUGGGAUAGUCUUCAGGAAUUUGGCAUUUAAGCAUUGUGCACUAAAAGUAGUCUACAAGUACUCGUACAAGAAGUGUUUCGCAACCUCGAUUAUAAAUAACUAAAUCUCUAGAACAUUUAAUUGCUUCUUCGAUUUCAAUUCAGUACAUUUCAGCUAAGUGUUUUUAGGUUAACCAAGUUAGACAACUGUGCAAUAUUAACACUACAAAAGUAGGGUAUAAAUGUGUUACACUAUUUUUAUUUACACUUGUUGUUUUUCUUUAUAUUACAAGGUAUUGAAAAUACUUAAUUAAUUUAUAUCUUUACAACUAUAAAUGAUUAACAAUGCUGUGAAAUUCUUUUGAAUUAUAUUAUUUUAAGUUGUUUCUGGUAUUUCUCAUUUAGUCAUACAUAAAUUACAUGUAUUUAUAUUAGAUGCUGUUGUAAGUGGACUAUAUUAUGUCUAGCGGACUCAAAAUGAAGUUUAUUUUAUCUUCAGUUUACGCAGACAGCAACUGUAGAAUGUAGUAUUUAGGUUAUAUCAUUAGUGCUUGUUUAAAAUUUAUUUAAUCGUCAACUAGUGUAUCUUGUAGCCCCCACUAAGGGGGGGGGGGGGAAAGCUUAGAAUAAAGACUUAUUAUAUGAAGGAUUCGGGUGAAAUUACAAAUAGUUCUUUAUGAUUACACGUCUGUAACGCAUGCAUUAUUGUGUUUAAUUUUCCCUUAAGUGUCUAUAUAAUAUUGUUUCUGAUCAAAUAAGACUGGAAAACAAAACCACAUCUGUCCUAAUUUCCAUCAUCUUUAGAGCCUUAAGUACUUUAUUAAAAUCCCAUUUUAAUGCAGUGUAAACGUGUGCAACUGAAUACACUGUACAUAAAUGCAACUGUUACUAUGUCAUUAAUAUCUACUAUUAUAUGAUACAAAAAAAAUCAUGUUUAAUUAUAAAACUUUUUUUGUGCUAUUGGGGUAGUCCACGUGUAGAUAAUGGAUCAGGGUCAGGCAUAAUAAGUAUAUUGUUUAAACGAACAUGUAUUUAUACUGAGUUUCAGAAGACAUGUUCUCGGUUAGAAGUGAAGCCAGUCAUAUUCACUACAGGUUUCUUAAACAACAGGCCCCAAUUUCUCGAAACUUCUUAAGCUUAACAGCUAGGCUUAAGUAGCUUAUUUGAAUUAGAUAAAAUACAUACUGAAAUUGAAUUUUGAUACAUGAAAAAUGGUAAAUUGCGAUCAUCAUAAUCAUAAUUCCUAUUCAAGGUAUAAAAACUCUUAAAGAAGUAAAUAUUAUGCAAAUUAUUGAAAAACAAAAAUAGUGAGCUUAGCUUAACCCUGUUAUAAGGGACUUAAUGAGUUUCGAGAAAUUGGAGCCAGGACUGUCCAUCUAUAUUUAUAUGAGUUUCUUAAAUCCAGGAUUAAUUCUGAAAAUUGAGAGCUUUUGACUUUGUACAAUUCAGUUGUAAAUACUAUUUUUAGCUCAGAAAUGUACAUCAAAAGCAGUAGGAAAUAUCUUUAAAUAAAUAUAAACAAUUUCAAAGGGGUCUAAGCCUCUUGACCCUGCUAUAGGCAUUAAUCUCUCAUACCAAAACAGACUCCCUUUUUUCAAGAUUGACAUUUAACAGCUGUUAGAAACCACUGACAUAAGCUUGCUGCAUGUACAUAAGGCAUAUUCUCAAUAAAUGAAAAUGAAUUGUAUUCAUAACAUAUAAAUAAACUUUGAAGCUUUGAACAGACUCCCUUUUUUCAAGAUUGACAUUUAACAGCUGUUAGAAACCACUGACAUAAGCUUGCUGCAUGUACAUAAGGCAUAUUAUCAAUAAAUGAAAAUGAAUUGUAUUCAUAACAUAUAAAUAAACUUUGAAGCUGCUCAUGACUGUACAGGUUAGCUUUAUUUCGAGUGAUAAAGUGAAAAGUGAAUAUUUCAGUAUGUCAAACAAUUAUGAAUGGACUUGUAUGUAAAGAAUUUAGGAACAAUGAAUUGAUAUCAUUAUCACAGAGUUGUGUUUGUUACAUUGAAUUUCCUUAUAUAGAUUAUGAUUUAUGAAUAUAUACUAAACAUAGAUAUUACUUAUGUUGCUGCUUCAUGUUCUAUGCCAUACUGGUGUUAAACUUAUUGUUUGCUAAGGAUAAGAUUGUCGUUCAUUUGAACAGUGUUUUUUUGUCAUCUGUAACUAUAUGCAUCAUGCCGCUUUCUUCAUGGAUAAAUAAAUCUUCAAUCGCU